GUCCGGCGGAGGUAAUCAAUGAAAGGCUGUGAUGCGAUGUGUACGCUGAAUCUCUGAGCUGUUGGAGUAACAAUGCCUUCGGUUCAGUAUCUGAGAGAGUUUAUCAACGAGCGACUAACUGCUGCUGCUGAAGAAAUAUUCUCAGAGUUUGAAAAAACGAUCGUCCAGUACGAGGAAGAGAUCGACCGUCAGCGCAGACUGCUGGAUAUCACCUGGAAACCCGAAAUAAAGCUGCGCAGGACAGACCUCCCACAGCAAUGUGUCAAUGAGGAGGAGGAGGAGGUUCUCAUUGAGCAGCCGCUCCAUAACUUGGAGAGGAGCUCCAGUCUCAACCAGGAGGAACCAGAACCUCCUUGGAUUAAAGAAGAAGAGGAGGAACUCUGCAGCAGUCAGGAGGCAGAGCAGCUUGUAUUGAAGGAGGAGAGUGUAGACAUUAUCAUCUGGAACAAGGAAGAGAGGAACCAUCAGCCUGAACUACAGCAUGAUGUCUGCAGACCACAAAAAAUAGACCUCCCACAUCAUUGUGUCUGUAAGGAGGAGGAGGAGGUUCUCCCUGAGCAGCAGCUCUGUCACCAAGAGAGGAGCUCCAGGCUGGACCAGGAGGAACCAGAACCUCCUCGGAUUAAAGAGGAACAGGAGGAACUCUGCAGCAGUCAGGAGGGAGAGCAGCUUGUAGUGAAGGAGGAGGCUGAUACCUUCAUGAUGACUGCUACUUAUGAGGAAAGUAAGGAAGAAAGCAAGAAUGUAGAUCCAGGAUUAACUAGGAAUUUAGAUUCAGAGCCAAAAAAGAGGAAUCGCAGAAACAGAAGUCACACUGCAGAAGACUCUCCUACAUCAGAGAAUCGGUAUAACUCUGACUCAGGCUGCAAAUCUGUAAAAUGUGAUGUUUGUGGAAAAGGCUUUAAGUAUACAUCCAGAAUGAAAAGACAUCGGAGAAUCCACACAGGCGAGAAGCCAUAUUCUUGUGAAAUAUGUGGGAAAGGUUUUUCUCAGAGGGAUGCUUUGACUGUCCACAUGAGAACUCACACAGGUGAUAAACCCUAUAUUUGUAACACCUGUGGAAGAAAAUGUUUGACCUCAUCAGCCCUCACCAGGCACAGAGCAGUCCACACACGUGAGAAGCCUUAUUCCUGCAAAACAUGUGGGAAAGGUUUUGCUCAAAAGUCUAUUUUGCUGAUCCACAUGAGGGUCCACACCGGUGAGAAGCCCUAUCUCUGUAACAUCUGUGGAAAAAGGUUUUUUAAAUUGUCAAUAUUUAAUAUGCACAUGUUUAUCCAUGCAGAGAAAAAGCCAUAUUCUUGCCAAAUGUGUGGGAAAGGUUUUAAUCGGAGGGGUGAUUUGUACGUCCACACCAGAAUCCACAGAGGUGAGAAGCCAUUUUGUUGCCAAACAUGUGGGAAAUCUUUCAAUCGACGCAGUAAUUUGUUGACUCACUCAAUAAUUCACACCAGUGAGAGGCCCCAUUCCUGCGAAACGUGUGGAAAAUCAUUCAAUCGGGGGAGUAAUUUGUUGCGCCACAUGAGGUGUCACACAGGUGAGAAGCCAUAUGUUUGCAAGACCUGUGGGAACAGAUUUUCUGAAUCAUCGUCACUUAAAAGGCACAAAGUAAUCCACGCAGAAGAGAAGCUGCAAAAUGUGGAAGAAAAGUUAUAGCAUUUCCUUAAAAUCCAUGUGAGAAACCACACAGGUGAGAGGCUGUGUCAGCAUUACUGCAUCACACAGGUGAGGAAGGGCGGUCCUGAAGCAGUGCUGCAAAGCCAAACGUAAAGAAAUACAGACAUGCUCAGACUGUGCUGUGCUUCAGCCAGUUUACUGAGAAAUGGGCUCAAUUCUUUGGCAAACAGCAUGAACACUUUAAGGUGAACGGAUUGUCAGCUGAAACACUGUAAAGGUUCUCCUGGCUGUGCAGCGUUGGAUGUACUGACACUGUCACCGAGUUAGAGUUUUGUGAUAUAAAACCGCAUAAAGACUGAGCAGUGGGAGUGGACUCGUGUUUCUGAGUAUAAAGGUUAUUCAGUCUGUGUGGUAACAUCAUGAGUUCAUCAGGACACUCUGGUUUUUUCAAAAGCAGCUUCUUAAAGUUCUCAUCCUGCUAGAGUGAGAUAAACUUUUUUCCCCUUUAGCUGCAUCACCGUGGGCUGUAAGAUGAACCUCAUUUGUUUGCAUCCAUCUGUUUUCGACCAUUUAUCUGGGUCUCGGGGAAGCAGUCUGAGCAAAGAUGCCCAGACCUUCCUCUCUCUAGCCACCACCUCCUCCUCCUCUUUGUUUGGUACAAGGCAUCAUUUCUCUUUGAGAUCAGUGAUUUCCAGCAUGAUACCUUACAAAUAAAAAGAAUAAAGGAU